AUGUUCUUGAAUGAUAUUUCGAUAAAACUUGAACCUACAAAUACAAAACGUGCAAUUCAUUCUCUUCUUUCAGAUUCAAUGCUAAUAUUUCACAUUCGAUAUGUUUUUCACCAUCAUCUCCGUUCGUUCAAGCAUCAGUACUCAACAUCCACUGUCAAACCAUUGAAUAUCGCGUUCUUUGGUUCGGAUAUCUUUUCGCUGCACAUUCUUGAGCACCUCUAUCGUUUGUUCUCGCAUGAUAAAUCACGAAUCAAACACUUAGAGGUCGUUACUACAGCGUCCACUUCCAAUACGGUGAUGCAUGGUGCGGAGAAACUUCAGCUAAGAACUCACAUUUGGCCUGAGCUUGAUGCCCUACUAUCCAAAUCGCCUACGCAAUUCGAUCUAGGCAUUUUGGCAUCGUUUGGACAAUUGCUGCCCAAACGAUUAAUCGAAUCUUUUCCUUUAGGUAUAAUCAAUGUUCAUCCCAGUUUGUUACCUCGAUGGCGCGGCAGUUCACCCUUAAUUUACACUAUUGCCAGCGGAGAUCAAAUCAGUGGUGUGUCAAUUAUGGAUAUCCGCCCCAAACAUUUUGAUGUUGGGCCCAUCUUGUCACAACAAUCAUUUCCACUACAAAGCAAUAUAACUAUGUUUGAUUUAUUGAAGAUAUCUGCAGAUGUUGGCUGCUCAUUAUUAGAUAAAAUUCUCGAAGAUCCAGCAAAAGCGCGAGAGAAUGCGCAACAACAAGCAUUAACAGGAAUUACUUACGCCCAUAAACUGAAUAAAUAUUCGUUCUAUAUCGACUGGCAUAAUCAUACGGUAGACGAUAUUGACCGAUUGUAUCGUGCGCUAAAUCAAAUUGGCAAUCUUCGGACGUUAUUCCGCCAGAAACCUGUUCGUUUGAAACUUCUCACAGAAAUUCAUGAUGAAACGGUUCUCAGCAAAUUAAAUUCCAUAUCAACUCAACCAGGAACAGCAGUCUAUGAUAAAUCACUCGAAUGUAUUUGCAUUCGAUGCAAAGAUGGGUGGAUUGGAUUUCGUAAAUUAGCCUAUCAAAAAUCGAUGUAUGCACGUGAUUUUCAAAAUGGAUAUCUUAGUAAAAUGGAUCGAUUGAUGUUUGACUCGAUGCACAAUCCGAUGUUUGAUCACAUCCAUAAUCGCCGUGUGCCUGCGUAG